CAAAAGCGAGCCAAGCCCAGUGGGCCCACUUUCGAGCGAGGAUCGGACUUAUCUCCUGAGAAGUGCGUAAAAUGCCUUCUCAAGCUGCCGCAGCGCUUCACGCCAGGCGCAUUGCAGUCGAACCGUGUCGGGCUUUUGGUCAACGGCGACAUCGUUACUGCCUACGUGUCCAAUGCGCAGCAUACGUAUGAGGUCGAUCUGGGCCCCAUCUUUGCGCCCGGGGCCGUUGGCGACGUGGCGAUGGGCAAGGAGGGCGUGCUGGUGCCGCAGGCAGCACAGGUGGGGCACACCCGGCAGCUGGACGCGCUGUGUGGCAUGGCGGCGGAGGUGCAGAGCCUGGCCUCGUGCGUGCAGGCCGGUCACCACCUGCUGGCAGUGACGGACGCGCUGGGCAACGCGCGGAUACUGGCCACACCCCUGCACCCCGGCGCGGCGGAGGAGCCGGCAGGCGGCGCCGAGGGGGCGUCGGGGCGGCACGUGCUGCAGCUGCCGGCGCGGUCUCGCGGGGAGUGCGGGUGGACGGGCCUGGUGAUGAGGCCAGUGGCGCCGGAGGCGGCCGGCCCCCAGGACGGCGCGUCUGCCGGCGGUGCGCUGCCGGAGCUGGAGGUGGCUGUGGCUCGGCAGCUGCCUCGGGACGUGUGCGUGUACCGGGGCGGGGAGCUGGUGCGGAGCUUCAACACGGCGCAGGGCCCCACGGCGCUUACAUACCUCCCGCCGGGCCCAUUCGGCGGCUGUGCGGACGCGGCGACGGGGCUGCUGGCUGUGGCGGAGGAGCACCAGGUGGCGCUGUGGGACGUGCGGCAGGGCGAGCGCGGCGGCUGCGUGCAGCGGGUCAACGCCUACAACGGCGGCUGGCCGCUGUACGGCCUGGCCUGGGUGGCGGGCGCCGUACGGGACGAGGCGGGCGGGCCGGCCACGGGGCUGCUGGCGGUCACGGGCGCGGAGCGGUCCGUGGUGAUGCUGGAGCCGCGGAAAUGGCACAUUGCCACCAAGUGGCCGGGCUGCGUCAAGUACCCUGCCACCCACUUGGUGCCCUCCGCCGCCGCGCCCGGCCACGUCUACGUCGCUGGCCUCGACUAUGAGUGCGCAGCCGGCCGCUGGGAUGGCAGCAGUGGCGGCGCCGCUGGAAACGCCAACAGCAGCAGCGGCGGCCACGGACGCGCCGUGCUGCCGCCGCAGCUGCAGGCGCGGCAGCAGGCGCAGGAGGCAGCGGCGGGCGCGGGCGCGGCGGCGGCGGUGAUGGAUGAUGUUGAGGGCGGCGGGAGGGCAGGCCUGUCAUUCCGAGGCGACAGCAAGUGGCUGGGUCUGGCGCACGCCGUGCUGCCGGCAUCAGCAUCGGCGUCGGCAUCGGCUGGUGGCGGGGGCGGGCGGUGUCGGGACCUGCUGGCGGCGCUGAGCCUGUCGGGGAAUCUGUUUGUGCUCACGGCGAGUGCAGCGGACUGAGCGACAGCGGAUUGCGCGACGGCGAACUGGGCAGUAGCGGGUGGUGGCAGCGGGCGGUGAAGUGCGGCGGACUGAGGGUUAGGGCUGAGCGGAUGGCGGCUGAAGAUUGUGCGGCGCGUUGCAACUUGCAAGCAAGCCGGCAGCGAGCGGGGGCCCCUCGGAGCCAGGGCCAUUGGUUGAGUGCACGGCAGGCUGCCCUACUCCAGUAGACUGGUGUGCAGAGUCGGGAGGUGGCCUGUACACCAGUCCUGCGGAUGCCCGUUCCGGUUGCAAGGCGUGUGUUGAGGCUUGGCGGACCAACCCGAAGGCCCUGCACUGGCCCCUCCUUGCCGCGCGCGCUGGGGCGCAACGGCCCUGCGGGCAGCGGAGCAUUUGGUGGCGCAUGAGGCAUCACGGCAGGAAGAGAGAAGUGGACAGCGAGGGUUGGCUGCUGUUCUGCACCGUAAGUUUUUGGUGUGCUCCUCCUGCUGAAGCUGAUGGGCUUCGAGCGGCCGACCAAGCUGCAGCGGCCGCCAUGGCCGCCGGCGGCGGCGGGGCCGGGCUGAGAGCCUGAACGGCGCUAGCAGGGCGUGGGGCUGAGGGUGCACGUGUCGAUUGGCGGCGAGUGACGUGACUAGUUUGUUAGCUGCGGGUUAGCACGGACUGUGCACCCCACCCAACCGGCCACGUCCGGAUUUGCGGGGAUGCCAAAGGCCCCCAACAUAGAGGCGUGUGCUUAGUAGGCGCCCGCGUCAAGGUGGCUGGGUUGAUAACGACCCGGGAGGGGAGGGCUCAGCCCUUUUCCUGCCUCCCUAAGGCAGCCACCUCCUUGUUG